AUGCACAGAUACUCACCUCUGUGUUACAACUCCCUGCCCAUUCAGGUUACACUGUACGUCCUUGUGUUCUGGGUUUCUCUCUCCCGUUUCUCUGCUCUUCCCUCUCCUUCCUCAGAGUAUAAGGAAUAUGAAGUCUCCAUCUCUGGAAGCCGGGUGACUCUGACCUGUCCUCUGGAUCCUGAAUCUGGCUCCCUAAAAUGGGAGAAAAAAGGUGUAGAACACCCCGGUAACGAUGACCAACUCGUCGUGGAGCCGUUUUCAGAAAUGGAGGACAGUGGUUACUAUGUGUGCUACUACUCAAGUGACACUCUAAAGAAACACUACCUCUACCUGAAAGCUAAAGUGUGUGACGACUGCAUGGAGGUGGAUCUGAUGACGGUGGUCACCAUCAUCCUCGUGGACGUCUGCAUCACUCUGGGCGUGCUGGUGCUGGUCUAUUACUGGAGCAAGAACAAGAAGGCCAAGGCCAAACCUGUGGCUCGAGGGGAUGGUGCCGGGCGCAGGCCCAGGGGACAGAACAGGGAGAGGCCCCCACCCGUUCCCAAUCCAGACUACGAGCCCAUCCGCAAAGGACAGCGGGACCUGUACUCCGGGCUGAAUCAGCGAGGAAUCUGAACACAGGAAGAAGACAUUGCCCCCCCCCCCCAUGGCCCAGGUCUGGCCAGGGCACCGUGCUGUUCCUUCUUCCCCGGACAAGACUUGUCUGCCACAAGAGAAUUGUUUUUCAGCUUCCUGGUGAAACUCACACCCCACAGCCCUGCCCGUGGCUCCCCUGGCUCCCUCCUUCCUGCCUUCUCUGCUGGCCAUCAGUUCUAGAACUGAUCUCACUGUCCCUGGAAGUGUCCUGGCCAGUGAGACUUAUUUCUGUGACUCCCUGCCAACCCCUGCCUUCCUGCCUGGAUAUUAUUCCUGCCUCUAUUCCCUCCUCUUUUUUUUUGUCUAUAAAUUGCCCCUCGUUUCCUAAUAUUUCCAUCCAUAUAGCUAUCUGCUUUUCCAGCUGUUUUUUUUUGUUUUGUUUUGUUUUGUUUUUGCCAGUCCUGGGGCUUGAACUCAGGGCCUGAGCACUGUCCCUGCCUUCUUUUGGCUCAAGGCUAGCACUCUGCCACUUGAACCACAGCGCCCCUUCUGGCCAUUUUCUAUAUAUGUGGUGCUGGGGAAUCGAACCCAGGGCUUCAUGCAUGCUAGGCAAGCACGCUACCACUCUACCACAUGCCCAGCCUCCUUUUUUAGGGGGGAAUGGCCUGGAUGAAUGUUGGCCGAGCUCCUGCCUGACCCAGAGCCGAGUGAGCCCCAGUAGCUGGCCUUCACCAUAGGCCCUUGGAUGUUAUUAUCUGCAUCGCUGCUAAUGAGCUGGGUUCCCCUCCACUCGCACAGAAAAGCAAUAAAGUAUAUUUGGCUGGC